GGGAUUAUACGCCCUGUGGCCACUGUGACUUUAUACCCUUUAUUCCAGAAAGCUGGCUUUAGAUUUACUCAUAUUUUUAAAAAGCUCGCUUUUGUCCUUUAUUUAGAUAAUCUGACUUUUACGGUACAAUACGGUACCGUUUGAUGUAGAGUCUUUUACAUCCGGGUGAAAACAUGGAAAUUUAAUUGUCUUUUAAAAAAUAAAUUAAUGAAUGCGGUUUGAUUUAGACAUUUUUAUUUGAAUGGUGCCUAAUUAUGCUUCAAUUUAUUUGGACGGUGUCCAUUAGGUAUGUAGAUUAACUAUUUGUGUAUUUUUGUCUUGCAGAAAGAAAAAGAUUUUACCAAAAUGUUAGCAUCUCCCAAGGAGAAAGUGAGGACAAAUUUACAUUAAGCUAUAUUUGUUUAUUUGGACCCAAUUAUGCUAUUGAAAGAUGCACUAGAGGAAAAAAGAAGCUUUGUGGCCAAACAGGAAAAUGAAUCUAUAUCUUGCUCUAUAUUUUCUAAAAUUCCACUUGUGUCUGUGUGGUGAGCUGAAAAUCCAUGUUCAAUGCAGGAUAUUGCACUGUUAUAAACGAACAAAACCACCAAAGUUUUAGGUAGUUCUCCAGAGAGUUUCAUAGUUAUGAAAACUUUUGUUAAUAUGUCAUUGUCAUUGUCAAAGCCUAAAUAUUUAUAUCUGAUGUGGGCUUCCCAGCCCCCAGAAUGCUCUUUGCAACCAAUCUUGGAAGGUCUUCUUAUGUUUUUAAAGGCAGUUUUACGAGUUUUAAUGGCAAAGCUUGCCAUCCUCAUCCUUGCCCUUUACCGAGGGGGCAGGAAUAGGACAAAUGUUCACCUCUUGAAGCUGAAGUACAGCAAAAUAAAAGCAAGUUACAGCACGGCAAUAUUUAAUGCCACAGUCUCUUCUUUCUCUUCAGGUGGCUUUGAAAUCAACUUGGACAGCCGGAAGCUGAAAACUCCCCAAGCUAAGCUCUUCACGGUGCCCAGUGAACCUCUGGCUUUGGCUGUGGCAACUGAGUGGGAAGCCCAGCAGGACACUAUCAAGUUCUAUGCUAUGCACCUGACCAACUUGUGCAACACAGCUUUGGACAACCCAUUGCAGCGAAGCAAAAAUCAGCUCAUCCAGGCAGCUCUGAAGUUUUUGGAGACAGAUACUAUCUGCUACCGAGUGGAGGAGCCACCAGCCUUGGUAGAACUGCAGAAGAAUGAAUGGGACCCAGUAAUUGAGUGGGCUGAGAAAAGAUACAAUGUUGUGAUUGGCUCUUCAACAAGCAUAAUGGCCUCUACCCUUCCACAAAGCACAAAGGACACCUUCAUUAGCCACCUCGCUUCAUAUAACAGUUGGGCCCUUCAAGGCAUAGAAUACAUGAUAACACAGCUGAAGUCUCUGAUUCUUUCGAUGAGCCUAGUUGACAAACACUUAACGGUUGAACAAGCUGUCCUUCUAUCUCGGCUGGAAGAGGAAUAUCAGAUUCAGCACUGGGGGAACGUGGAGUGGGCCCAUGACUACGACAGGUAUGACUUGCUGGCCCGCACAGCUGCUGCCACCCUUUUUGUCCACCUUUGCUUAGAAAACUCCACCGUCAAGCACAAGCUGCUUCAGCACUGAGGAACUGGAAUACCAAAGAAGGGGCGCGGCAAUCUGGAUGAACCUCAAGAUUCAGGUGGAAUGGAUGAUGGAGAGGAGCUGGGAGCGUGGCUGGGCCACAGAGUUUGAGAUGGGACUCUUCUCUCCCAUUCCCUUGGAGGCUGAUUCUCCCUGGAAGUUUUUGGGAAGGCUUCCCAUCUAACUCACCUGGGCCGGCCAUUCUGAUGUUUCCCAGGUUCUGGAUUUUGACUAGCAGGUAGACAGAUUUCAAGAGCAGAGUGUUAGAAUGCUCUAUGAGCCUGCCAAAAUGGAUAGAAGGCCAUAUGCUGUGUCCUGGAGGACAUGUAGCUAGAGGAGGUUAGAGGUGAGAAUAUAUUACAACAAUUGAGCACCUCUAUUAAGAUUGAAGACACUCUAGCUAGGAGAUCCAACAUGCCACCAAUAUCCCCCUUUGGUGACCAUAAAGAUCCUACUCUUGUCCCUCCCCCCAAUUAAAUUUAAAAGGGAUCAUAUUGCAAACCAACAUGGCAGGAUCCACUGCCAUCUUUAUUUUAAAGAACCGUCUCUUGAUUCCAAAUUAGUUCUAUAAACUUUAUUAGAAAAUAAAAAAACGAUGACUACA